AUGAACUCAACUGCGGGGAGGAGUUGGAACAAGGCGCUAUUUACGAGGCAGGAUGCGAUAAUUAUGUGCUCGCCUUGGCGCCCGGGCCUCUGGCGUCACGAAAUUAAAUAUCGCGAAUGUUGGAGCGACGCCAAACUGUCAGCGGAGGUCCUGCCACUUGUCAUCCCGAUUGACACAACCUCCAAUAAUAGAGCCGCUUCGUGA